ACCCUGUUUCUCAUUGCGGAACUCGAGGCGGGCGGACCGGGGACUGGUGUGGAAAUAGGACAUUUCACAAAUAAUAAUGAUAAAAGUAAAACUCCCCAGCGUUUAGAAAGCGUUCUGGCUAUACAUUCAACAGAAAACACCCCAGAAGAACGGAGAAUUUGGUCGCCGCCUGCAAGUUUAACCGGCUUGGAGACUGAAGUUGGACUCAAAUGUAGCGCAUUAGCCGGCGAGCUAUCAAAACAAGCCAUGAUGGAGAAGAAGGAACAGGUACAGCUAAGGAACAACCCUCGCAGACAAUUGAAGAAGCUCAGUGAGGACAAUUUGACCAAGCAGCCUGAAGAAGUGUUUGAUGUAUUGGAGAAGCUUGGAGAGGGGUCUUAUGGCAGCGUGUUCAAGGCACAUCUUAAAGAGACGGGGGAGAUUGUGGCCAUUAAACAGGUUCCUGUGGAGUCAGACCUGCAAGAGAUCAUUAAAGAGAUCUCCAUUAUGCAGCAGUGCAACAGCCCCCAUGUUGUGAGGUACUAUGGCAGUUACUUUAAGAACAGCGAUCUGUGGAUCGUAAUGGAGUACUGCGGGGCUGGCUCUGUGUCCGACAUUAUCAGACAGCGCAACAAGACGUUAGGGGAGGACGCAAUAGCUGCCAUCCUGCAGUCCACUCUGAAAGGGCUGGAGUACCUGCACUUCAUGAGGAAGAUUCAUAGAGACAUCAAAGCUGGGAACAUUUUGCUGAACUCGGAGGGACAGGCCAAACUGGCUGAUUUUGGUGUUGCAGGACAGUUAACUGACACAAUGGCGAAACGAAACACGGUGAUUGGAACGCCGUUCUGGAUGGCUCCAGAGGUUAUUCAGGAGAUAGGUUAUAACUGUGUAGCAGAUAUCUGGUCUCUGGGCAUCACCGCUAUAGAGAUGGCUGAAGGGAAGCCUCCAUAUGCAGACAUACACCCUAUGAGGGCAAUAUUCAUGAUUCCAACAAAUCCCCCACCAACGUUUCGGGACCCUGAGCAGUGGUCCGAACCUUUUAGAGAUUUUGUGUCACAGUGCCUGGUGAAGAACCCUGAGAGCCGGGCAACAGCCACACAGCUUCUACAGCACCCAUUCAUAAAGAAUUCUAAGUCCAACACUGUCCUGAAGGCACUGAUCACAGAGGCGAUGGAUCUCAAACUGAAGAAACAGGAGGCUCAGCAGAGGGAACAGGAUGCAGAGGAUGAAGAAAACUCGGAUGACGAUGAAGUGGAUCAGGGUACCAUGGUGAGGGCUGGAGCAUCAGACCUCGGAACCGUCCGUGCAGCAGGUUCUCUAGGUAGCUCAUCGGGAACUAUGAUCGAGCACGAUGGCACCAUGGUGUCUCAGCUUGGCACAAUGGUCAUAAACUCAGAUGACGAGGAAGAGGAUGCAGGCACCAUGAAACACCGUGAGGAAACGGUGCAGCCAGCUAAGCCGUCGUUCCUUGAGUAUUUCGAACAGAAAGAGAAGGAGGCCAACAAAAACAGCGACAAUGACAAUCGCAAACUGCCUGCAGAAGCUGACAUGGAGGUGAUACGUUCCUGGGGUGUGGAGGAGCUGAGGAGGCGUUUGGCCUCUCUGGACCCUCAGAUGGAGCAGGAGAUUGAGGAGAUCCGCCAGCGCUACCAGGCCAAACGCCAGCCCAUUCUUGAUGCCAUUGAGGCCAAGAAGCGUCGCCAGCAAAACUUCUGAGCUGGCUGAUCUCAUUCUGUUUAGGAGGACACUGUCAGUUACCGAUGAAGGUACAUGUGAAAGUUCACGGAACCACUCCAUGCUGCCCUGCAUGAUAUUUUUGCCUAACUUAUAAGGUUCUUGCUGUGCAUUUAUUUUAUUUUAUUUUAUUUUUAUUGUUUUUUUGGUAUUUUUAUCUCUGAUGCUGUGUCUCCACUGCUGUUGGUACUAGACUGGUGGUACUGUUGGACUCAAAAAGCCAGGGAACAACAUUUUCUGUCGUACACUGUCUUUAUAUGUUUACACCUUUUCAUGUUGCUCAGUGCUUUCGUUUUUUCGUUUGUUCUGUUUUUUUAAAUAUGCUACUUGAGUAUGUAUGCGCCAGUUUUGUAUGCAGUUUGGUGUAGCUUCAGUGUUCUGCAGAGAUUUUACAAAGUUUUGUGGUCAUAAAAACAUAAUUAAAUGAUUUGCAUAUUCUAAUUAGCAAUCUUCUAAAGCAGAGGUCUUCAAUCAGGGUUCAAGGCUCUCAUCUGGUACUUCAAGGGUGUUUUUUUUAUCCCCAGUCCAAUCUAAUCAUUUGGAAACUAAUCAUUUGAGUAAUAUAACAUUAUUUUAAUUAAGAACAGCUUUUAAAGUAUUUCAGAGUGGUUUGAUGUGAAAAUGCUCUGUUCUAGAGAAACUUUUAGAGUCAGAAUUGUUCAUAGCAGUGAUGUCUGAAGCAUGUAAUGCCUCUAAAAGUUCCCUCUGGGAAAGUUACUAACUGCAGUGGUUACUCAUAUGUUGCCUGAUGUCUGAGAUACCAUUUUUUGAUAGUUUUGCAAACUUAUUUUUUUAAUAUAUAUUUAUAAUAUAAUAUAUAUUUACAACAGAUAAGUUGCUGUAAAGUACCAGCUACAAAAACUUUCUAAAACUAAAACAGAUCUACCACUGUUUCAUCAUCAUACAUAUAAAACUCAGAAGACUCGUGUAGGUUCUCUGGUGGUUUUGGAUAAUAAAUAAAAUGUCUAUAUUUGUGUUGUAGUCAUGGUGACCCCUGGUUCCCAUCACCACCACUGUAAAGAAAUCUGAGUCUCUUCAAUGAAACAAUUCACAUCAAACCAUUCUUCUCACAUCUCAAUGAUUGGAUUAUCCAGAAUUUUCAAAAGAAAAAGUAAAGCUGGAGGGAAGUGAGGAAAGUUGCACGUUUGGUGUUUUUAAACGCUGCUUUUGUCACAUUUCUGACACGCUGUCAAAUGAAACAAACUCAGCUGAGACACAAUCUGACUUGAUUCCUGUGCCUGCUGGAAGUCUGCAGGACGUGUUUCUGCAGUGAACGCCUUAUACGAAAGUGCAGUUCAGUUAAAAACCGUUAAACUAGCGUCUGUUGAAAACCAUGAGGACUGGCAACACCUGUCAUCGCCAAAAAGCCCAUUCAGAAAGAGCAGCGGUGCAUGUUUUAAAGCUUACCUCAUGAUUUUUCUGUUUUCCUCAGAAAGCUUUUUCAACUCCUUUCACUCUUCAUUCAAAUAUUCUGAAAAGCCUCGAGUCUAACAUGCAUCACUUCAGCAUCUUUCAGUCGACUUCUCUCUAUUCAGGUGGAGUCUAUGAGCUGGAAGAGGUUGAAGACCUCUGUUCUAGACUUAGAAUAUCGAACUGUUAUCCUGUCCAGUAUCAUCUAAAGAUGCUGAAUUAUUCCACUUCAGCAGAUUUUCCAGCGCACACAUGAUUAACAAUGUUGGAUCACUGGAGCUCUGAACUCGGGCCGUGUUCGGUGAGCAAACAUUUCAUGCACCUGGGCAUUCAGUAAAGCACAGUUUCACUGUUUGUGUAACUAGUGGUUACUUCUUAUUGCAGCAAAUACUAAUCAUAUCAGAAUCACUAGCUUAAUAAGGUCGGCACCCCACUGACUGGUUGCCACUGCUUGUCCACCCUCAGACCACCCAGAUUACUGUCCUGCAUACAAGCUCUAACUAUUUUUUUCUUCUCA